UCUAUGUAGGCUUGUGUUCUCAGAUCGAUCUUGAGCCAAGAAAGGCAUUGAAGACGCGAAACACGCUAAAGACGGACGGGAAGGUCUCAAACUCAGAUCCAGCACUCCAUCGCAAAUAGUCAAAAUCGCAUCUCAUUCGAUCCCACAUCCCAAGCCGAACACACCCACACUAGAGAGAGAGUUUAGACGCUCAACAUGUCCAUCUUGUCCAAGAUGUGCGGGGGAGCGGGCGUGGCCACGCCGGGCCGCUUGGCCCGAGCCGCGCUGAGCGCUCAAAGGGGCCUCCACUUCACCGUGUCCGGGCAGGGCGAUGCCAAAGUCCAAGGCGACGCCAUUUCGCGGGAAUAUCCCGUGGUGGAUCAUAGCUACGAUGCUGUGGUGGUGGGUGCGGGUGGUGCCGGACUCCGAGCCGCCUUUGGCUUGGUUCAGGAGGGCUUCCGCACGGCUGUCAUCACCAAACUUUUCCCUACCCGAUCCCACACGGUGGCCGCCCAGGGAGGCAUCAAUGCUGCUUUGGGCAAUAUGGAGCCCGAUGAUUGGCGGUGGCACAUGUACGACACGGUCAAAGGCUCCGAUUGGUUGGGGGAUCAAGAUGCUAUCCAUUACAUGAGCCGGGAGGCACCCGCUGCUGUCAUCGAGUUGGAGAAUUACGGUAUGCCGUUUUCGCGUACUCCCGAGGGCAAGAUCUAUCAGCGAGCCUUUGGUGGCCAAUCGUAUCAAUUUGGCAAGGGUGGCCAAGCUCAUCGGUGUUGCUGUGUAGCCGACCGCACCGGUCACUCUUUGCUUCAUACUCUCUACGGUCAAAGCUUGAGGUAUGACUGCAAUUACUUUAUCGAGUAUUUCGCCUUGGAUCUAAUCAUGGAAGGCGGAGAAUGCGUUGGCGUGAUCGCCAUGUGUCUUGAGGAUGGUUCCAUCCAUCGUUUCAAGGCCAAGAACACCGUUCUAGCUUGUGGUGGGUAUGGAAAGGCCUAUUUCUCGGCGACUUCCGCCCACACUUGCACGGGUGAUGCUACCGCUAUGGUCUCCCGCGCGGGUUUGCCUAAUCAAGACAUGGAGUUCGUCCAGUUCCACCCCACUGGGAUAUACGGUGCGGGUUGCUUGAUGACCGAAGGUUGCCGUGGGGAAGGUGGAUACCUAGUCAAUUCUGAGGGCGAACGCUUCAUGGAGCGAUACGCCCCUGUGGCCAAAGAUUUGGCCUCUCGGGAUGUCGUGUCUCGAUCCAUGACCAUUGAGAUCCGAGAGGGUCGUGGCUGUGGACCUGAGAAGGAUCACGUUCACCUUCAACUGCACCAUUUGCCCCCAGAGCAAUUGGCUCAACGUCUGCCUGGAAUCUCGGAGACGGCCAUGAUCUUUGCCGGCGUGGACGUAACCCGUGAGCCCAUCCCUGUGCUCCCCACGGUCCAUUACAACAUGGGUGGUGUGCCCACCAACUACCAAGGGCAGGUCAUCAAAUACGAGAAUGGACAAGAUGAAGUCGUUCCUGGCCUCUAUGCGGCUGGGGAGACGGCUUGCGCCUCUGUCCAUGGAGCCAACCGAUUGGGUGCCAACUCUUUGUUGGAUUUGGUUGUUUUCGGCCGAGCUUGCGCCAAAACCAUUGCCCAGUACAAUAAACCCGGGGAGAAGGUGCCCGACUUCUCGGCAUCGGCCGGAGAGGCCUCUGUGGCCAAUUUGGACAAGCUGCGAUACGCUGACGGAGCCACGCCUACCGCUCACUUGAGGUUGAACAUGCAAAAGACGAUGCAGAACCAUGCCGCCGUCUUCAGAACCGGAACAGUCAUGCAAGAAGGAAUCGAAAAGAUGAGCAACAUUUGGGGACAAAUGGACGAUUUGAAGACCUCCGACAGAGGACUCGUGUGGAACUCUGAUCUGGUCGAGACUUUGGAGUUGCAGAACUGCAUGAUCAAUGCCAUGCAAACCAUCGUUUCCGCCGAGGCUAGGAAGGAAUCUCGUGGUGCUCACGCCAGAGAGGACUUCAAGGACCGAAUUGACGAGUACGAUUACAAGAAGCCUUUGGAAGGUCAGGAUAAGGUCGAUUACGAAAAGCACUGGCGCAAGCACACCCUUUCAGAGGUCUCCGGAGAAGGCGAGACCACUCUCACCUACCGACCCGUCAUUGACGAAACCCUCGAUGCUAAAGAGUGCUCUUGGGUGCCACCAGCGGUGCGAUCUUACUAAGGCGGAAACAAGGACUAUUAAGUUUCCACACAGCAGGAUAUUCAAAUUUCACAAUGAUCCAGAAACCAAAAGAAUUCGACCGGCCCCUGUAUGUAGAUAUCGUUCAUUCUUAGAAGAAUAUUACAACAAUCAAUAAAAUAUUAAAUAAUGUG